GGAGGCGGCGGCGCGCUCCGCGAUCUGCGCUCCGGAGUCUCCAUAAAAGUUAGUGCGCGCAGAGCUCAGCUGUCAGACCGGAGAGAGACGCGGCGAAGCAAACACCGCGGAACCAAGUGAUCGGUCGGGAUCGAUCCCACUUUUAUCACAAAUUAUCACAUCCGUCGUGAGCGUGCGCCGCGAUCGCGUGUGGGACUGUCAGCUGCCAAAAGGUGCACCCGCGGGACGCAAUUAAAGCGCGUUAUCCGGGUAUUGUUUUCUGGACCAACGGAAUAAACAUCGGUUUGGAUGCAGGAGAAUUUCUGCUGUGCGGCGGAUGAGAUGCAAACGACCCCGAAUAAGACAUUCUGACAAGGCUGUUUGAUUUUUGAAGAAGGAGAAGAAGAAUCCCCCCAAAAUAGAGACACCACUCCCGUUGGUCCCGUUGUUCGUUUGUUCUUUUUGCGCCAGUCCAGGACGAAAAUGUCUCCACAUCACAGGCACACCACUGGAUUGUAGUAGCAGCCCCACCGAUGGUUUGAGAGGGCGUCAAGGUGCUGGAAGGGAGUGGGACAAUUACAGGAUGAGUGAGCGAUACGCGCGGAUCGGAAGUAAAGGGGCUCUACUUGUAAUGGUGCUCGUGAUCAGUGUCUGGGAGAUGACUGUGCCAACGGAAGGAGCUAAAGCUCACCACGUCCCAACAGGCACCUGCGAGGUGGUGGCGUUGCAUCGCUGCUGCAACAAGAACAAAAUCGAGGAGCGGUCACAGACCGUGAAGUGCUCCUGCUUCCCGGGCCAAGUGGCCGGCACCACCAGAGCCGCCCCGUCCUGUGUAGAUGCCUCAAUAGUGGAGCAGAAGUGGUGGUGUCAGAUGCAUCCGUGUCUUGACGGAGAGGAAUGCAAAGUUCUCCCUGAUCUAAAGGGCUGGAGCUGUGCUACAGGAAACAAGAUCAAAACUACUAAGAUUUCAGCGGACAAAGAGCAGCUUUGGUAACGCUUCACAGCGUAGUCCAGGCAAACUAACACCUCGGGUCUUUGUCGGAUCAUCAAAAGAGAAAUAAUUCAAAGGAACUUUCUGUAAAUAGAGACUUCCCGUUUUCUGGACUGCAAUUAAUCUCCGGAAAAACUCUGAAUGCGUCUUCUUGAACUCUAUGAACACGAAGCGGUGAUCACUGAGCACUUCUUUUGGAAGGACUCCAUUAGAGCAGCCCUACCGGACGCAGGGUUUAUCCUCUAAUGUGAUGCUGCUUGUGGUGGAACACGACGGUGAACUUGCCUGUUCGUUCAAUUCUGGAGUUAUGUGUCAAUCACACAGGACCUGCAACACGAGUCGGCGAGGUCUGUUUAUUGUAAGUAUCGCAAAUACUCAAUGCAAAAUGUGAUUUUUGUUUGAUCAGUCAAUUGUGGCUUCUUCUUCUAACAAGGUGUAGUUUCAAGGGUGCAGACAGAGUAAAAUAUGUGGCUGGGCGGAAGAUAUUCAGGGUGAACUUAAAAAUACACAACCACAUUAAUCAACCUACCGUUCCUACGGUGUGCCACAGAAAGGAUUCAACCUAAACAGGAUACACUGAUCCAAACCGGCCAGCUGAUAACGGACUGAAAGCUGGAACCGGAUGUGGUUUAUUUUUCCUUGGAAAAUCACUCUGCCACUUUCUGCCGCUUCUGCCAGAUCAUUUUUUUCUUCAUCACAGCUUCGGAGUGUAAAUUAUACACAAAGCAUCUGGUCACUGGCAGAGUGAUGACAACAAUGCUCUCCAAACCAUUUUCGACUAGUCACUUUUUGAUCACCUUUGCGUCGGUAUCGCUGACACUUCCUUUGUCUGUGCAAGUGAUGACAUCAUUAAUAAACUAUGGUUGUGUAACUAAA